AUGCAGAUGGACAGGAAAACGCAAAUCAUCGACUACGAUGGGAACAUGAUGGAGGAUCUGAAGGAAUGGAUGAUUAGUAAUAAGCUAGCUAAUCUAGGGUUCAACUAUAACGUGAUAGCAAUUUUGGGGAGCCAAAGUAGUGGGAAAAGUACUCUCCUUAAUAAUUUAUUUAAAACUUCAUUCGAUGUGAUGAACACAAAACUGGGUCACAGUCAGACAACCCAAGGGUUAUGGUUAAGCUUCGAUACAUUUGAGGAUAGUUCGGUUUCCCCUUCCAAGAAGGGCAGUAGCACCAGUCCAGUGAACCCCACGCUUAUCUUAGACGUUGAGGGAAACGACUCUAAAGAAAGGGGAGACAACCGCCUAACCUUUGAGCACAGAUCAGCUCUGUUCUCUUUGGCACUAGCGGACUGCGUAAUUGUAAAUCUGUGGUACCACUCGUUAGGGAAUUUCACAGCCUCCAACUAUGGGUUAUUAAAAACAGUUAUGGAAGUGAAUCUGGAAUUAUUUCAACAGGAUAAAAAUUGUCCCAAGACGAUUUUGCUAUUCACAGUGAGAGACUGGUUCGAAGAAUUCGCAUCCAUAGACAUUGUGAAGAAUAAAAUCGUAGAAGAAUACUUAAACAAAAUAUGGAGUGAAAUGAAAAAACCAGCAGGUGCAGAAAAGGCAAAUAUAAAUAAUUAUUUUAUUGUUGAAGUGGUAGGAUUAUCUCACGGAAUUAUUAAAAAGGAAGAAUUUUUAAAAGAUGUACAAAAUUUAAGAAUGAAAUGGAUCAAUCAUUUAAGACCUGUACAAUAUUCGAGGAAUAUUCCUUCAGAUGGUUUCGCGUAUUAUUGUCAUAGCAUUUGGAACACCAUAGUGAAGCAAUCCCAACUGGACAUUCCAUCACAGAAGGAAAUGCUAUCUACCUUUCGGUGUCAGGAAAUUAAAAAUAACGUGAUUUUGAACACUUCCAAAAUGAUAAAGGAGAAAUUAGCUGCCUCUUCCUCGCAGCAUAGUAAGACCACGGUUGAUGAAUUUAAAUCAUGGGCUGAAAAGGACAUAGUGGAAAAAAGCCUCGAUGAAUACUUUGUGGAUGCCUCUAGGUAUAUAGAAAGUAUAUGCCUGAAGACAUCGGAGGAGUUACUAGAGAGUCUGUUCAUACAACUACAAACUAUUGUGGAUAAUAAUUUAAAUUUUACACAGAGGGUACUGUCGGCCAAAUUUGCAAACGAGCUCAACACCAUGUAUAGUCUGUGCACGUCCGAUAAGAACGCCUUCCUCUUCAGCAAAGAGUCCAAUCUACAAGUACACAAAAGUGGCAAAGGCAGCAGUUCUCCCAAGGACGAUAAGAAGGAUAAAAAUAAUAAUCAAGACAAAUGUAUUCGUUUGUGGUCCAGUUUUCUUGUCAAUGCGGAUAAACUCGAGUAUAGCACUUUGUGUAAUUUCUUUGAGGAUUAUGAAAAAUGUAACAUUGAAAUUAAGAAGAGAAAUAAAAUUCACGAAUUUAAUUAUAAACCCUCCUUGAGUAUCCUCUCUACAGCGAUUUGCAAAGACCUGAACAGAAUUCGAAAUACACAGUUCACCGUCCUUCUGGACCGCACCAGGGCCACCAUCAAAAGUAGAUUUAAAAAUAUGGACAACCUACUCAUCACGACGAAGAACCCAGAAGAGUACUGGAGCCACACACUCAAAAUUGUUAAGGCCAUGCAGGAAAAUAUAAGUAACAAUCUAACAAAAUGCUUCAUAAAUUUGAAAGGGGGAAGUGGCCCAGGUAGUAGCAUCUGUGGCAUUAUGGCAAAUGGCAUGAUUGACAAUGACGAGGAUGAUAAUAUAUUCCACAUGGACAGCUCAAAGGAGGCAAACAAAUCACUUAGCGACAAUCAUUAUGCAGAGGAAAGUCUUCUGAACCAUAAAAAAAUAGAUUUAAUUAAAAACAAAGGCAAGUACAUCAGCACUGUAAGCGAAGAAAUCGAUAAACAGAUAAAGAACAAAAAAGUGAUGUCAGAAUUGAACAGCUACUAUUUGGACGAAAUAAUGGACGUGCUUAAAAGUAAGCUAGACGAAAUUUCAGACAAUUUAUCUUCAAUCAUAAUUCAAAGAUUUGAAUCUGUUUUCAACUACGAUGAUGCUGAACAACCAAGACAGUGGCGUGAGAUCUCCAUGGCGGAACUGAAAAAGAUCUUCAGAGAAUCCAAAAAUUAUGCUUUUCUAAUUAUUGACAUUCUACAGAAAAAUAUUAAAGUAGAGCUCAUUGAUGAUUAUUUACCAAAUAAUUUUAUAAAAGAUGAAAUUAUCGAAAAGGGAAAGAAUAAGGCAAAGAGGAAGAUUCAAGAAAUUUGUAGGGAUGCCCAGUAUAUCCAAGAGACGGGUGCUAAAAUGAGUUUAAAAAAUGUGCCUCUUUUUUUCUGGGUUAUGUUGUUAGUCCUAGGAUGGAACGAACUUUUGUUUUUUAUUCGUUUCUUUUUCCGCCUGAAUAUUAUUUUGCCGCUCUUCUUGGCCGUCGCCGUCAUUGUGUCGACCCUCUUUUUUAAUGGCAAUAUGGAGGUGCUUUCCAUAAUCAACAAGGUGGUGUUUUUUCUGGCCAAGAGUUCGUUUGGCUUUUACAAGCAAUUGCAGGCGAUGGGCGCAAAGGCCGCACAGAGUACCCCAGCGGAGUAG